CAGAAUGACGACAACGACCUACCAACACCAGGAAGCUGAAGUUCUUACAGGACGGAUCCGUCUUUACCAAGUUGUAGUUCACGAGUUUCAGUCAAGAAACUUAUCUCCGAGCGAAAGUAGUAUUUUUUGUUUGUAUUUUCAAACUAGCUGUUUUUGUAGAUAAACUUUCUGUAAGUCAGUAUAGCCCGAGGACGGACAGCACGUACAGUCGUCACACAUCAUUAAAUAAAAAUGUUAGCGUCGGGUCUGGUGGCUAACUACUGCACUGAACUCCAUGAUGACCAGGCACGCAAGGUGGACACAUUCCUGCACCGUUUCCAGCUGUCAGAUGAGACUUUGAUGGACGUGUCAUUGAGAUUCCGUCGAGAGAUGGACAAAGGAUUGUGCAGAGACACCAACCCCACAGCUGCUGUCAAGAUGCUGCCCACAUUUGUGCGAUCCACUCCUGAUGGAACAGAACAAGGUGAAUUUUUGGCCCUCGACCUUGGCGGAGCCAACUUCCGAGUUCUCCUGGUCAAAGUUAUGGCUGAUGGCGAGCGGAAGGUGGAGAUGGAAAAUCAGAUUUAUGCCAUUCCUGAACACCUCAUGAGAGGCAGCGGGUCUGAGUUCUUUGACCACAUAGCUGACUGUCUGGCUAAUUUUAUGGAGAAGAUGGGCAUAAAGGAUAAAAAGCUUCCUCUGGGCUUCACGUUCUCAUUUCCCUGUCAGCAGACCAAGCUGGAUGAGAGUGUUUUGCUGUCUUGGACUAAAGGCUUCAGGUCAAGUGGAGUAGAGGGAAAAGAUGUGGUCAGCCUCCUGAGGAAAUCUAUAAAGAAACGAGGGGACUUUGACAUUGACAUUAUGGCAGUGAUCAAUGACACAGUGGGAACCAUGAUGACUUGUGGCUAUGAUGAUCAUCUCUGUGAAAUAGGUCUCAUUGUAGGAACGGGGACCAACGCCUGCUACAUGGAGCAGAUGAGGAACCUGGAGGUGCUGGAUGGUGAUGAGGGGCGGAUGUGUGUUAAUACGGAGUGGGGUGCAUUUGGAGACGAUGGUGCCUUGGAGGACCUACGCAACGACAUCGACCGGGAAAUUGAUGCAGGCUCACUAAAUCCUGGCAAGCAGCUGUUUGAAAAAAUGAUCAGUGGGAUGUACAUGGGGGAACUGGUACGUCUCAUCCUGAUUAAAAUGGCCAAAGAGCAGCUGCUGUUCCAGGGAAAGACUACACCAGAGCUCCUCACCACUGGUCACUUCAACACCAGCUACAUCUACAACAUUGACACUGACAAGGAUGAAGAAGGUGUGGCGUUUGCUGAGAACGUACUCCGCGGCCUGGGUCUGGACCCGUCGGUGGAGGACUGCAUAGCUACUCAGAGGGUGUGUCAGAUAGUAUCCACACGAGCCGCACACUUGUGUGCUGCUACUCUCGCAGCAGUGCUGCGACAGAUCCGGGACAAUAAAGCAGCUGAGAAAUUGCGUACCACUAUCGCAGCUGAUGGCUCUGUUUACAAGAAUCAUACAGAGUUUUCCAGGAGGCUCCACAAAAUGGUCGGACGACUUGUACCGGACUGUGAUGUGCGAUUUUUGCAGUCACAAUGUGGCAGUGGGAAGGGGGCAGCUAUGGUAACAGCAGUAGCCUACCGUCUUGCUGCUCAACAUGCUGAGCGUCAGAGUAUCCUUGACACGCUGCGUCUGAGUCGUGAACAGCUGAUGGAGGUAAAAGAGCGAAUGAGUGAGCAGAUGGUGCGAGGCCUGUCAACGCAAACCCAUGAGCAGGCAAGCAUCAAGAUGCUUCCCACCUAUGUCAGAUCCAUUCCAGAUGGAACAGAGAAUGGCGACUUCUUGGCUUUGGACCUUGGCGGCUCCACCUUUCGGGUGCUACUGGUGCGAGUACGAGGUGGAAAGAAACACACUGUGGAAAUGCACAACAAAAUCUACAGCAUCCCACAGGAGACCAUGCAAGGCACAGGGGAAGAGCUGUUCGACCAUAUUGUGGACUGCAUUGGCGACUUCCUGGAGUACAUGGGCAUGAAGGGUGCAACCUUACCUCUGGGAUUUACAUUCUCCUUCCCUUGUCAUCAAAGCAAACUGGAUCAGGGCAUUCUGCUGAAGUGGACAAAGGGUUUCAAAGCCAGCGGCUGUGAGGGCCAAGAUGUUGUUACACUGAUUAAAGAGGCUGUCCAUCGCAAGCGGGAAUUUGACCUGAACUUUGUGGCAGUAGUUAAUGACACAGUGGGAACCAUGAUGACUUGCAGCUAUGAGGACCCCAGAUGUGAAGUGGGACUCAUCGUAGGCACAGGGACCAAUGCCUGCUACAUGGAGGAAAUGCAGAACAUCGAGCUGGUGGAGGGCAACAACGGUCGUAUGUGUGUCAACGUGGAGUGGGGAGCGUUUGGUGACAAUGGAGAGUUAGACGACUUUUGCACCCCAUUUGAUCACGCUGUCGAUGAUUGCUCUAACAACCCUGGAAAACAGAGGUAUGAGAAGAUGAUCAGUGGGAUGUACCUGGGGGAGAUAGUGAGAAAUGUGCUACUGGAUUUUACUGCCAAGGGCCUGCUGUUCAGAGGCAAAGUGUCUGAGCGACUCAAAACCCGCGGCAUCUUUGAGACAAAGUUCCUGUCACAGAUUGAAACUGACCGUCUGGCCAUGCGUCAGAUUCGUUCAAUCCUGCAGCACCUGGGUCUCACCACAUCCACAUGUGACGACAGCGUUCUGGUGAAGGAGGUGUGUAGUGUGGUUGCCCGCCGUGCAGCUCAGCUGUGUGGGGCCGGUUUAGCCGCUGUGGUUGACAAGAUGCGACAGAACCGCAACCUCAACCAGCUCAAUGUCACCGUGGGAGUGGAUGGCACACUUUAUAAGACGCACCCUCAUUUCUCCAGCAUCAUGCAAGAAACACUGCAGGAUUUAGCACCACAGUGUCAAGUGACUUUCCACAAGUCAGAGGAUGGAAGUGGGAAAGGAGCAGCACUGAUCACAGCUGUGGCCUGGAGGAUCAAGUGUGAAGGACAGCACUGAGGUGGGCUUGUACAACCGGAGCUGCGACGACUGAUUUUCUGUAAUAGGUCUCUACGACUAGUUGCGUACACACUGACAUGAGCUUCAUUUUGUACUUCUAAUGGUUAGUAUGACUUCUUUUGUGUGUGUUGUCAUGUAUGUGAUUGUGUGUUACCAGCCUCUUUUUAAUAUAUGUUUAUUUUUAUCUCAUGUUGACACUGAUUGACAAAUCAGGUUCGGAAAUGUUGGACCUUCAAGUUGCACUUUCAUGAAAUGUGACUGUUAGGAGAAGUAGGGUUCUUCUUUUUCUUGUUCUCAACACUCCAUUUUUAUUGUGCACCAUUCCCCCAUGUUUCCUCCCAGGUUACUGAUUUUUAAAUGAAGUUUGCCAUUUGUAUCGAGUUUCCUCACAUUUUCACAUUUCUGCACAAUUAAGGUCAAGUUUUGAAAACUUCUGUAUACAGAACAUUUAAUGUCAAAUGUCAAACAGUGCCUCAAUAAAACAAAUGAAAGCAAAACACAGUGGACAAGGACUUGACAGGAGUUGGGUUACAACAAAACAAGAGAUCAUAUGCUUACAAAAAAUUAGUUUAUUUUGGAAAUUAUCUAAGAAAAAAGUCGGCAGGUUGCAUAUUUUUUGUAUUUAGAAUGCAUAUUUAAGCCUCAUCUCUAUUUAAACCUGAAUAAUAUGUCAGAUUGUGCUUUAAAUGUAUGAAUGAAUAAAACAAACUUUAAAAAUGAA